UAUGAGCAAAUGUGAGUUAGGUGUGUUUAUCGGGACAAUAGUUUCUUCUCAUUGCAACCGAGUUCCGCCACCUUUUUCAUAUAACAAUGCAUUGCUAAACCGAAAUGUAUCCAAAUGACACAAGUGACAGGAUAUGGAAGUCAAAUUCAGGUGCCGACCCAGGAAGCGGAACAUAUCACAUAUCACAACCCAACGUCUCCAUUUCCGGCAACGCCACCGCGUCUCCGCCUCUGCAAGUCCUGCAAACAGCUCUAGCGGCUCCAGACAGUUUGCGUUUUCUCCACAAUGGCCUCCCCACAGAAAGUUACCUGUACCUCGUGUUCCUCUACUUCUACGAGGUCGAUCGGGCGGUCCAAACCGGGCAAAGGGUGUUCGAUAUUUUCCUCAACGAUGAGAUGAAAGAAGGGAGAUUUGACGUCUCGGGAAAUGGGUCCAAUUACAAGGAGCUUGCUUUCACUGUCAUGACAAAUGGGUCCCUGAAUUUGACUCUGGUUAAGGUCUCCGGGUCGGAAAAUGGACCCAUUUGCAAUGCUUAUGAGAUCUUGCAGGUGCACCCAUGGCGUCCAGAGACUACUAAAAGCGAUGUGGAAGUGAUUUUGGAGGUGAAGAAUGAGUUGCUGAAGAAUAACCAAGAGAGUGAAGUUUGGGAGGGUUGGGCUGGAGACCCGUGUCUACCAGUUCCAUGGGAUGGUAUUACUUGUGAAUCCAUUGAUGGGUACUGUAUCAUUACUGAACUGGAUCUUUCGUCAGGCAUUCAGAGGGGGUUUGAUCAUAAAAGCUUUCUUAAAGGGCCAGUUCCUUCAAGUAUCACUAAGCUGAGCCACCUAAAAGUCCUGAACCUCAGCCACAAUGACUUUACUGGCAACAUUCCAGCAUUUCUUCCUUCCUCCCUGCUGACCUCAGUGGAUCUGAGCUUCAAUGACCUUUGGGGGUCACUUCCAUUAUCUCUUAUCUCACUGCCACAUUUGGAUAUACUAAAUAUCAGGUGCAACCCUCAUGUUGCAAAAGAUAUUCCCUCCAGUUUCAAUGGCUCAAAACUUACCACAGGCCAAGAAAGUUGCAAUGCUCAAGAAGCUUCUAAACAACGAAUCAUCAUUGGUGCUGCUGCUGCAUCUGGGUCUGUACUACUAACCAUUGUAGUUGGGAUAAUUUUCUGCAUUUGGAGACAAAACUUUCUACCUCAAGGAAAUUUUGAUAUAAAAAGACAUCAUAUGACAAAGAAUUUAAUUUUCUCGUUACCAAGCAUGGACGAUCUGGUUAUGAAGUCAAUAUCCAUAGAGACAUUUACUCUUGAGUACAUAGAGGCUGCUACCCAAAGGUACAAAACCUUGAUAGGUGAAGGAGGUUUUGGGUCUGUUUACCGUGGCACUUUAAUUGAUGGUCAGGAAGUGGCCGUAAAGGUUCGGUCAGCAACAUCAACCCAAGGAACUCGGGAAUUUGAGAAUGAGUUAAAUCUUCUGUCAGCUAUACGCCAUGAGAACCUCGUUCCCCUUCUCGGUUAUUGUUGUGAGAAUGACCAAGAAAUUCUGGUUUAUCCAUUUAUGUCCAACGGCUCUUUACAGGAUCGUCUCUAUGGGGAAGCAGCAAAAAGAAAAAUUCUGGACUGGCCAACCAGACUGUCAAUUACUCUUGGUGCUGCUCGAGGUUUGACGCAUCUUCACAAUUUUGCUGGUCGUUGCAUUAUACAUAGGGAUGUGAAAUCAAGUAAUAUACUUUUGGAUGAUAGCAUGACUGCCAAGGUGGCAGACUUCGGUUUUUCAAAAUACGCUCCUCAAGAAGGUGACAGUUGUGCUUCUCUGGAAGUAAGAGGGACGGCGGGAUACUUGGAUCCGGAGUACUACAUGACCCAUCAUCUAUCAGCAAAAAGUGAUGUUUUUAGCUUUGGUAUCGUUCUGCUUGAAAUUGUAAGCGGUCGGGAACCUCUGAACAUACACAGGCCACGCCCCGAGUGGAGCUUGGUUGAAUGGGCAAAAUCCUAUGUAAGGGAAUCAAAGAUUGAUGAAAUUGUUGACCCGAACAUAAAAGGAGCGUACCAUGCGGAGGCCAUGUGGAGAGUAGUGGAGGUUGCAUUGUCAUGUAUUGAGCCCUUUGCCGCUUCACGGCCAAACAUGAUUGAAGUCGUAAGGGAGCUAGAGGAUGCUCUGAUUAUAGAGAACAAUGCAUCAGAGUACAUGAGAUCCAUAGAGAGCUCGGGAUCCAAUCGCUUUUCUUCCAUGGUGAUGGAGAGAAGGAUUCCGCCACCCACUCCUUCAGAACCUUCAUCUAUUUUGUCACAAAUGGCUCCUCCAGAGCCAAGAUAGUGAAUGGUUUUAUGAGAUUUUCAUCCGUUUGUGAAUGAUUUGUUUUGUUGCUUGGCAUAAGUGAUUAGGGAGAAAAUUAGAGUAAUUUCCAAAUGCUCUUUUUGAAA